AUGAGGCCUACGCUGGCAAGGCUGGCCGUGAGCGCGGCGCUCGCCAGCUCCGCGGCUGCUAUACUCGUCACGCCGGAUUCGCCGUGCGACACCCAGUGCGGCAACGUCCUCUCCGCGACGACCGGGUCCGACAUCGAGUGCGACCAGAACAACUACGGCAGCGCUGCCGGCACCGUGUUCAGGAACUGCAUGAACUGUGAGCUGAGCAGCAAGUACUACAGCACCGAGCUGAACCAGUCGGACCAAGAAUGGAUGCUCUACAACUCCAGAUUCGCGGUUUCAUACUGCGUGUACGGUGACCCGGGCAACGAAAACAUCGGCGACAGCCCGUGUGUUACUUCCCGAGCGUGUGGUGUCCUCAAAAAUGCCAUCCAAUUCGGCAACUUCAGCACCAACGUCGGAGCAUACGACUACUGCCAGCACUGGGACUUCAGCGAACUCACCAACGGGUGCGAGAACUGCUUACGGGCGAGUGACGAUAACUACCUCGCCAACAUGGUGGCCCUGCUCCAGGUCGGCUGCCUCCAGAAGCCCGCCCCCGGCGCCACCGUGGCCGUCGAGGGCGGCGUAUUCUCCAACACCCUGCUGACGGAGGGCACGCCAACGCCGACAAGCAGCUGGACGGGUGACACCGACUCGGGCCCGCUCUCUCUGGGCGCCAAAGUCGGCGUCGCCAUCGGCGGGCUCUGCUUCGCCCUCGUCGUGGCCGGCUUCUGCAUCGUGUGCAACGGCCGGCGCCGACGCCGCGCCUACCUGCGCAAGCUCGAGAUGCGGCAGAAGGAUGCCGGGUGGCCGCAUCCCGGCGGAGGAGGAGGAGGAGGGCGAGCAGGCAGCAGCAGCGGCGGUGGUGGUGGCGGCGUGAUCCAGCGCGGGCCGGACAUGAACGAGACGCCGCUCAGCCAGAAGCCGCUGCGCGGGUGGGACGACUCGCCGCUGUCGGCGACGGCGACGGACACCAGCUACGGGCGCUACUUCUCGCCGUACUCGUCGCAGUACAACAGCCCCGUCAGCGCCGCCGGCACGCCCGCCACCAUGGCGCAGCAGUGGCCGAGUUUCCACGACCACCUUUCGCCUCAGGGCUACCACGACCACCACUCGCCCCAGGGCUAUCACGACCCGGGCCAAGGGUUCGCGGCGCAGGGACACGGGUUCCCGUCGUCGGCCCAGGAGAAGGCCAUGCAGGACCAGCACGACGCAGAAGCUGCGGCCGCCGGGCCGUCGGGUCACCAGCCCAUCCACAUAGGGGUCGCGCUGGGCGGUGACGAGCCGAGCCUGCGGACGGAGCCGUCCAACCCGAGCUUCCGGGACCAUGAGCACCGGGCCGACGGCGCCGCACCCGAGGAGUACGAGCUGCACGAGGUCAGCAGCGCGGGCGGGAGCAGUGCCGGCGGUCCCAACGCGCCCAUGAUGGGCCAUAGCGACAGCUUCAAGAAUAGGCUGGCGAGGGGCAAUGUCGCGCCGGUGCUGCAGCAUCCCGGGUACGGGAGGUAUAGCCCUGACAAGUACCCGCCUCCGCCGCCGCCUGCGCAUGGGAUGCAGCAUGGUUAG